AUGCUUAUCAAACAGCUCCUUUUCUUAUCAACACUGCUCAUUGGAACGACCCGAGCCAUGGAUGAUGGAGCAGUAACUGGUUUAGCCAUCUUAUGGAUCUCUCUGAUUGUCGUGUGCUCGUGCAUUGCAAUUGUUGCUCCGUUGGCUGUCAUUAUUUGGUUUGUGCUCAGACUUCGGAAUAAUGGAUGA